CCUCAGUGAACGUUGAGCUGCUGCGUUGGAAGGUUGUCGGUUGUAGACAUUAACAGUGAGCUGAAGACAUUGUGAAAAUCCUUACGAGUGUUAGGUGGAUCAGUCUACAAUCAAUUAUCAAAUGCAUUCUACAUUUAUGGUGAAAAGGAGUAUGGUACACAUACAAAGAGGAUGCAGCUUUGGUGCCUUGGUAGUGCUGUUGCUGCUGCCGCUGUUCCAGAUGGCUCACACCCAGAGAGUGACCUGCCAACAUGAAUGUAUCCCACUACGACAGUGCCCACAGCUGGUGCGGCUACUGAGUAACGCCACUCCUGAGAACAUUGCCGCUCUGCAGCGAGUCACUUGCUCUUUCAGGAACAGGGAGCCAACGGUGUGUUGUCCCCGAAAUACCAACCUGUUGCCCAGGAACUGUGGGGAUAGCGAAGGAUUGACCAGGAUUGUUGGAGGAACAGAAGCACCCAUCGAUAGUCAUCCUUGGAUGGCUGUAUUAGGAUACAGAGCCGUGGGAUCCUCAACAACAGAGUUCCUGUGUGGUGGGUCAGUGAUCAACGAAAGAUACAUAUUAACAGCUGCUCACUGCGUACUGGAGUCUGUAUUAGGAAACAAGAAGCUAGAAGUCGUCCGACUUGGAGAAUGGGACUUGACCACCGACCUGGACUGUGCCCGAACAAAUAUUGGACCUGCUAUUUGCGCUCCCUCAGUUCAAGAUUUUACUAUAGAAGAGAUCAUUCCUCACCCGAACUAUAAUACAAGAGUAAAGUUUUCUGAUGACAUUGCCCUUAUCCGAGUCAGCAGCCCCAUUGAUAUUGGAUUUUGGGUUCAUGCGGUUUGUCUGCCUCCUCAAAAUAUUGACGUGACGAACCUAUCUACUAAUGAGCCUAUAGCAGCAGGGUGGGGCUUCACUGAGAAUGGAACUAAAAGUAAUAGGUUGUUACAUGUUGAAUUACCCUUUGUAGAUCGUUCACAGUGCAAUGCCACCUACAGGGGAGAUAUAGUUAAUGAACAAAUUUGUGUAGGAGGUCGGGCAGGACAGGACUCAUGCGGGAGCGACUCUGGCGGACCAUUGAUAUUGCCGGGGCCGACAGGUCCUCCAUACCUCCAAAUUGGUGUCGUGUCUUACGGCCCAACGAACUGUGGUCAACAGAGUGUACCUGGCGUCUACACCUACGUCACUCAUUACAGGAACUGGAUUGAAGAGAAAUUGAGGCCAUAAGGAAUUAAAGUAUUACAGUUAGCUUUGAAUUGUGGUGUUAUAACAAAGUGAACAUCAUUCGUCAAAAGAAAAAACAACAAAAGUACGCAUUGACUCAGACACGGCCAACUGUCUCCUAAAGUUAAAAAUGAUAUACUGUACACUCUAUUAUACAGGUCUACUGACCAAGUUUCUUAAUAUACUCUUAAUACAAAAUAAGGUAAAGGAACUUAAAGAAGUUUGUACGGAUUAUUUGUAACACGGAAAUAAUUCCCUGUAUGAUAGUGUUUUUCUGCUGUGGUAAUGACUUGCUUGAUAAUAAUAUGGGGUGUCUGUGUAUUCUAAAUUUUCAUAAAAGAGGAGUAAAUGUUCAACCGAGGUUCAAACUUGUUCAUAUUUAUUAAGACGUUGUUAUAGAAUUAUAACUGAGAGUAAGUGUAAUUUUUUCUGCAGCUCAAAAGCAGUUUCCCGAAA